UGUUUACAUCCCGGCUGUGUAGCGAUUAUCGUCUGCCUCGGUGUUAGCAGUUAGCUUAAUACAGUAAAUACCAGAAAACCUGAGCUGAUAUUAGAAGAAACUGUUUUAAAUAUAAGGACUAGAGGUUGCAAACACUGUAUUUUCCACCAUGAGCAGGUUAGAGUGUCUGGGGAAGGCCUCCACAGGUUCACAGAAACAGCCAGCAGUAGAAGUCACCUCUGCUCAUGCUGUGACCCACAAAAACAAUGACACAACAGGGAAAAAGACAGUCACAGAUAAACACCGCAGAAGUCUUCCUGCCUGCACAUUACCUUCUCCUGUGCAGGUUCCCUGCGAGGUGACCCAAAAGGCUGGAUCUCCGAGUGGGGACAUGCUCAAUAUAGAAGAGUGUGCUGCAAAGGAAUCCAUCAACACAACACCCGGGGUUGAAGAACAGGCAGAGUCGACUGCAGCGUGUGACGAAGAGCUGAAAGUGGAGGACUUGAGGAUCUCACAGCCGUCAGAUUUGGUAGAGACAGGAGGGACGACACACGCUCCUCCACCAGCUGAACCUCUCCUCAAACACGAGCUGAGUAAGGAAGAAGAACAGACAGAGGAAGAGGAUGCUGAGGAUGAAGACCUGAAGGCUCCUGUGGAGCUGAUAAUGGAGUUCCUCAGAGCUGUGAUGGACAAAGAUUUUCAGCUGGCCCGUAAGCUGUGUCAGAUGAUUCUCAUCUAUGAACCUGACAAUCCUGAGGCCUCUGAGUUUCUCCCACUGAUCCAGCAGAAGCUGCUGGAAGAGCAAGAGGCAGAGCAGAGCAGCGAGGAAGAUGAAGAGGAUGGUGAUAGCGACGACACUGAUGACGACGAUGAUGAUGAUGAUGAUGACUCUGGAAGUGAUGACGACUCUUCUCAGAGCUCGAGCUGCUCCUCUUCUUCUUGCUCCUCUUCUUCACCAUCAGAUGAUGAUGGUGAAGAAAAGGAAACACAUGUAAACAGACACAAGCCGUGUCCUCCUUCUCACAUUUCCCCCUGAAUCUUUUCUCACAAUCCACUAAAAUCAUAUCCAUUAAAAAUUCUGGUUGAUUGAUUUCAUGAGAAACAAUAGCAGGAGUAAAUCCUGGACAUUCUGAUUAUCAUCAACAUUAUGAGGGAGAUGUAGCAGUUUUGGGAGGCUAUUUACCUCCUGAACACUUCACUGAAUAACCACUGGAGAUGUAGUGGUUACAGUAUAUCCAACAACAAUGGACAUUCUUUACAAUUUGAAGCCCCUGAAAACAUGGUCUCAGAUUUGAAGUAUUUUAUAUAACGUUAAAUAUUUAGGAUUAAAUAUGCAGUCUACAGGAGUUCUGUACUUUGAGCUAAAUGUUAAUGUCAGCAUGCUAACUCACUAUGACAGUUCUAACAUGAUUAUGCUCAGCAUGUUCACCAUCUUAGUUUAGUGUGUUAUCAUGCUAAAAUUUUAUAAGCACAAAACACAAAACAAAAAGUACAACUGAGGUUAACGGGGAAGUCACUAGUUUUGCAGGUAUUUGGUCAUUAAAUAAUGAAGAAACUGAAAUGUUGACAUAAUGGCACUGACAUGUUGGGUAUUAGCCAACAUAUUAGAGUUCACUCUGAGGGAAACAUAGAGGUCUAACCAAUCGACGAAAUCAACGUUAUCUAGAACAAUACUGCUAGCUGCUAGCAUGGCUAAAAAUUAGCUUAAUUUUAUGUGACUAUGUAUUCUUCCUUUCUUGUCAAUGUAAUCAUAUAGGGACCCUUGAAGCCUUUUGUAGGGUCUCAACCCACAAGAGUACAAAAUACAGCUCAGUCUUCCUUUUAGUCAUUUUGCUGAUUACAGUAAACUACUUGUAUUCACAACUUUGUGGACAAUGAUUUCAACCAGACUAAUAAAGAAAUGUUGAA